GUGUUCCACGCAACCGAUUAGGGUAUUUCAAACUCUUAAAAACACAAAAUGGCUGAUACACCGAGCCUUUCUUGUGCACGCUUUGUUGCGCAAGCGUGCGGGUCGAGCGAGCAGCCAGUCGCUUCCACGAGCGGGCAAGUGCAGCUUGUCGCUGGGAAAGAGGCCAUCUCGGGUCUCGCAGCUGUCGUGACGCACUUAGCACGGAGCAGCGCGCGUAAGGAUGCACUUCUGGGCUCGACACCGGAGCUUCAAGCGCAAGUUGCCGAGUGGCUCACCUGGGCUAGCACGGAGCUCUCGCCGCUAAUGGACGAUAAGCUUGUCAAGCUCAACGAGCACCUGGCUACCCGCAGCUUCCUUGUGGGCGGCGCCGCCAGCCUGGCAGACCUGGUCAUCUACGCACUGGUCCACCCGGCCGCGGUGACCUUCCCCGCAGCCCAGACCCUCCACUUCUGCAACCUGCUGCGCUGGGUGGACCUCAUCCAGGCCACGCAGGACGGCGCCGGCUUCUGCCAGCCCCGCCUGGUCCUCAACAGGCCGCGCUUCGUGGCGCCGCCUCCGCCCGCGCCGCCGGCGCCCAAGGCCGCCGCCACCGCCGCGCCUGGCGCCGCGGACGCCAAGGGCGCGGCGCCCGCUGCUGGCAAGGACAAGGCGGCUGCCAAGCCCGCUGCGGACGGCGCCGCCGCCGUGCCCAAGAAGGAGGGCAAGAAGGAGGCGGCGGCCGCAGCCGCACCUGCCGCUGCCGCCGCCGCACCUGCCGCUGCUGCUGCUGCUGCUGCCCCCGCCAAGGAGGGCGGUAAAGAGGGCAAGAAGAAGGACGCGGGCGCGGCUGCUGCGGCUCCGGCUGCCAAGAAGGAGGGCGGCGGUGCGGCCAAGAAGGAGGAGGAGGAGGCGAGCAUUGACAUGCUGGACUGCCGCGUGGGGCGCAUUGUCAAGAUCGACAAGCACCCCAACGCCGACUCCCUGUACCUGGAGGAGAUCGACGUGGGCGAGGACAAGCCGCGCCAGGUCAUCUCCGGCCUGCGCAACUUCGUGCCCGUGGAGAAGAUGCAGGAUCGUGUGGUGGUGGUGGUGUGCAACCUCAAGCCGGCCAAGAUGCGCGACGUGAUGAGCUACGGCAUGGUGCUGUGCGCCAGUGACGACGCGCACGGGACGGUGGACCCCGUCAACGUGCCGGAGGGCGUGCCGGUGGGCGAGCGGCUCACAGUGGAGGGCUUCUCCAACCCGCCCCUGGAGGAGGUCAACCCCAAGAAGAAGCUGCUGGAGCGCCUGUUCCCCGAUAUGAAGACCGACGCAGCGGGUGUGCCCACCUACAAGGGGAAGCCCUUCCUGACCAGCAAGGGGCCGCUCACCUCCACCGUGCCCAAUGGCUGGGUCAAGUAGAGCGAGUGCGGGUAGAGCGGCGGCGGGUGGUGGCGGUGAUGGUGGUGGCAGUGCCAUGGUGGUGCGUUGCGACUUGUGAGGGCGCGUGGCAGGUGGUGCUAGAGGACACAGGGUGCUGCUGCUGGUAGAGCGGUGGUGCGUGUGUUGGUGCGGGCCGACGCGGCAAGUAACGUGCGCGCGAUGCUCGUGGUGGAGUAGGUGAGGCAGGUGAGGAGCAGGAUGUGUGCUGGGGAGCGAAAGUCCUAAGCGUGGAGGCGUGUCAUCGUGCGAUUGCCGUCGCGGCGACAGCGCUCAGCAGGACUUCACGACGGCUAUUACAUACCUCACACAUAGAGACAAUUGCGUGCGCUGCAUAGUGCGCUUUCAACACGGUGUAGCGAGAUAGCUGUAACAGAAAGCAUUUGCAGUCAAACCUGUUUUCACAUUCAUAGAUCAAUGCACUUGUUGUAAAAGGCCCAAGCA